GUAUUUUGUUUUGGUUUGAGUGCGUGGAGUUUCUGCGUUACAAAAGACGAAGUGUGCGGUGAUGCGUCGCCAAGUUCGUCGAUGCACGUCUGGAACCCUGCGGUGAAAGAGGAUUUUUUUUCGCCGCUGAUAUCUGCCCAAACCGAAACGUUAAAAAGAUACUCUUGUAGCACAUUUUGUGUGCGAAGGCCAACCAUGGAGGAGGCUUUGGUGAACGGCAAUGGUCCUCGGCCGCUGUUCACAAUAGACUGUUCUGACGAGGAGACCGACGACCCUGGAAGCCCUGGCAGCAGUGGUCGUUUCAUGGGAGAUGAGCUAAGACGCAAUCGGUCUCGAGCAAAACUUUUCAGUUUUGCUGCGAAGGCUCGGUUGCGCGCACAGUCUAUGUCGGGCGCUCACUUGUCCAAUGAGGACCGCGAAUAUGGAAAGGGCCAGAAGGACUUCAUUGUGGCCACCCCGGAAGAAUUCGUCAGCCGGUUCGGGGGCCGGCAUGUCAUCAACAAGGUCCUGAUAGCGAAUAAUGGAAUCGCGGCAGUAAAAUGCAUGCGUUCCAUCCGAAGAUGGGCCUACGAGAUGUUCAGCAAUGACAAGGCGGUCCGCUUUGUUGUUAUGGUAACACCAGAAGAUCUCAACGCCAAUGCAGAGUAUAUCAAACUGGCCGACCACUGUGUUCCUGUGCCUGGUGGUUCAAACAACAACAACUACGCCAAUGUGGACCUGAUUCUGGACAUUGCUAAGCGAGUCGGAGCCCAGGCUGUCUGGGCCGGCUGGGGCCAUGCCUCGGAGAACCCGCGACUGCCUGAACUGCUCACCAAAAACAAGAUUGCUUUCAUCGGGCCUCCCGAGAAAGCCAUGUGGGCCCUGGGUGACAAGAUCGCGUCUUCCAUCGUGGCGCAGACGGCCAACGUGCCGACCCUUCCAUGGAGCGGAUCUGGCCUGAAGGCCGACUGGGGUGAGGAUGACAACCACCACCCGAAGAAGCCCCUGAAGAUCAAGCCCGAGCUGUAUCGCAAGGGCUGCGUCACGGGCGUUGACGAUGGUCUGGAGGCGGCUCAGCGGAUUGGAUUCCCCGUCAUGAUCAAGGCCUCGGAAGGCGGUGGUGGCAAGGGCAUCCGCAAGUCCGAGUCGGCCAACGACUUCCCCCAGUGCUUCCGGCAGGUGCAAAGUGAGGUGCCUGGCUCGCCCAUCUUCAUCAUGAAGCUGGCGACAUGCGCGCGCCACCUCGAGGUGCAGCUCCUGGCCGACCAGUACGGCACGGCCAUCUCCCUGUUCGGCCGCGACUGUUCCAUCCAGCGGCGACACCAGAAAAUCAUCGAGGAGGCACCCUGCAUCAUUGCCAAGCCGAAUGUUCUCGAGCAGAUGGAGCGGGCGGCUGUGCGGCUCGCGAAGAUGGUAGGCUACGUAAGUGCAGGCACCGUCGAAUAUCUCUACAGUGAAGAUGGCAAGUUUUACUUCUUGGAGCUCAACCCGAGGCUUCAGGUCGAACAUCCCUGUACAGAGAUGGUCGCCGAUGUCAACUUACCAGCGUGCCAACUUCAGAUUGCCAUGGGUGUCCCGCUGCAUCGCAUCAAGGACAUCCGGCUACUGUACGGCGAGUCACCCUGGGGUGAAUCGCUCAUUGACUUUGACAACCCCGUGCAACGUCCCCGUCCCCUGGGUCACGUCAUUGCUGCCCGGAUCACUUCCGAGAACCCCGACGAGGGCUUCAAGCCGAGCGCCGGCACCGUGCAAGAACUCAAUUUCCGCUCCAACAAGAACGUCUGGGGCUACUUCAGUGUUGGCGCCUCCGGCGGACUGCACGAGUUUGCAGACUCGCAGUUCGGCCACUGCUUCUCGUGGGGCGAGGACCGUGAGGAGGCCCGCGAGAACCUUGUGCUCGCGCUCAAAGAGCUGUCGAUUCGCGGCGACUUCCGCACCACCGUGGAAUACCUCAUCACCCUGCUGGAGACGGACGCCUUUCUCAGCAACACCUUUGACACCGGAUGGCUCGACAAGCUCAUUGCCGAGCGGGUGCAGGCCGAGAAGCCUGACACUAUGCUGUCGGUGAUCUGCGGUGCACUGCACGUGGCAUAUCGGACGAUUCGCGAGAACUUCCGCAACUUCCAGACGUGCCUCGAGAAGGGACAGAUCCUGCCGGCGACGACGUUGACCAACACGCUCACGGCGGACCUGAUUCACGAGUCAGUCAAGUACACCGUCCAGGUGUCCCAGUGCGGCCCGACGUCUUACUUCCUGGUGAUGAAUGGCUCGGCCCGCCGCGUGGAGGCGCACCGGCUGAGUGAUGACCGCCUGCUGCUGUCCAUAGAUGGUGCGAGCUACACGACCUACAUGAAGGAAGAGGUUGACCGGUACAGAGUGGUCAUUGGCAACCAGACGUGCAUCUUCGAGAAGGAGAAAGACCCUAGUGUCCUGAGGUCUCCCUCAACAGGCAAGCUGCUUCAGUUCCUGGUCGAAGACGGCGCGCACGUCGUCUGCGGCCAGUCGUACGCCGAGAUCGAGGUGAUGAAGAUGGUGAUGACGCUUACUGUUGAAGAGAGUGGGUGCGUACACUUCAUCAAGCGGCCUGGUGCGGUUCUGGAAGCUGGCUGCGAGCUUGCAAGGCUAGAACUGGACGACCCGACGAGAGUCAACAAGGCGGUUCCGUUUGAGGGUGGCUUCCCGGCACCAGAGACAGAAGGGGGGCUCCACGAGGAAAAACUGAACCAGCAAUUUCUGGCAGCCAAGCAGGACUUGGAGAACGUGCUGGACGGCUACGUGCUGCCGGACCCACACUUCGCGCAGCACAUGACCGCCUCCCUGGACACCUUCAUGCGGACGCUACGAGAUCCGACGCUGCCCCUCAUGGAGCUCAAAGACAUCAUCUCCUCAAUCUCCGGGCGUAUCCAGCCGUCCGUUGAGAACAACAUCCGAACGCUGAUGAAGAUGUACGACAAGAAUAUCACCUCGGUCCUCGCCCAGUUUCCGAGCCAACAGAUUGCCGGUGUCAUCGACAGCUACGCGGCGACAUUGCAGAAGCGGGCGGACCGGGAUGUCUUUUUCAUGACCACCCAGGGCAUUGUGCAGCUUGUCCAGCGAUACCGGAAUGGUAUUCGUGGCCGCAUGAAGAAUGUGGUACAAGAGUUGCUCAAGCAGUACCUCUCAGUGGAGAUUGAUUUCCAGCAAGGCCACUACGACAAGUGUGUGGCACUCCUCCGUGAGAAGCACAAGGACAACAUGUCUGUCGUGGUGGACAAGAUCUUCUCACAUCUGCAGGUGGCCAAGAAAAACCUACUCAUCAUCAAGCUCAUCGACCACCUGUGUGGCCACGAGCCCGGCCUGACUGACGAGUUGUCAUCCAUCCUUAAUGAGCUGACCACUCUGAGCAAGACUGACAACGCCAAGGUGGCCCUCCGGGCUCGGCAGGUGCUGAUAGCGACCCACCAGCCGGCAUGGGAGCUGCGGCACAACCAGAUGGAGUCCAUCUUCCUGUCGGCCAUCGACAUGUACGGCCACGACUUCUGCCCCGAGAACCUGCAAAAGUUGAUCCUCUCCGAGACGUCUAUCUUUGACGUUCUGCCCGACUUCUUCUACCAUGGCAAUGUCGUUGUCCAGAGGGCGGCUCUUGAGGUGUACGUGAGGCGAGCAUAUGUCUCCUAUGACCUGACUUGCCUUCAGCACCUGCAGCUGCCGUCCGGCAUAUGCGCGGCACAAUUCCAGUUCCUACUGCCCAGCUCGCAUCCUAACAGGCAGAACCAGGCCCCUGCCGUUGUUGACGGGGACUCGCCGGAAACGCCAGGCACUCCCGAAGACACCGUGGCUGCUUGGGAGCACGAGCAGCCUGAUCUAGACUCGCAGCGUGUGGGCAUCAUGGCUGCCUUCAACACCUUUGAGCAGUUCGCCAAUGACUUCGACAACCUGAUAGAAUUCUUCGCCAUUUCACCAAACGUGGCGCCACGGAACGAAUUCGACUUUGGAACACGGGAGCACAGCGCACCGUCAUUCUGCGAUGGCAGUGAAAGCCCAGUGGUCGUCGAGCCCAUGCACAUCCUCAACAUCGCCAUCCGCAAUGACAUUCCCAAUGAGGAUGAAGAUUAUGCUGCGAAGUACUACGCAUUCUGUCAGGAAAAGUGUGCCAUCAUGAAGGAAAGGAUGAUUCGCCGGAUCACCUUCCUUAUUCUCCACAAACGACGGUUCCCUCAGUACUACACAUUCCGUUACCGUGACCAGUACGUCGAAGACUGCAUCUACAGACACCUGGAGCCAGCACUGGCUUUCCAGCUGGAGAUCAACCGGCUGCGCAACUACGACCUCGAGGCCAUCCCCACCUCCAACCUCAAGAUGCACCUCUACCUCGGCAAAGCCAAGGUGCCUAAGGGCCAGGAGGUUUCGGACUUCCGUUUCUUCAUUCGUGCCAUAAUAAGACACUCUGAUCUUAUCACCAAGGAGGCCUCGUACGAGUAUCUCCAAAAUGAGGGCGAGCGUCUGCUGCUUGAAGCCAUGGACGAGCUUGAGGUGGCUUUCACCCACCCAGUGGCCAAAAGGACCGACUGCAACCACAUCUUUCUGAACUUUGUGCCCAAGGUUACGAUGGACCCAGCUAGGAUUGCCGAAAACGUCAGGGACAUGGUGAUGAGGUAUGGUCCACGGCUCUGGAAGCUCCGCGUCCUUCAGGCCGAGAUCAAAAUGACUAUUCGGCCUAGCCUGAACGGCAAGUGCGUGCCCAUUCGGUUAUUCCUGGCCAACGAGAGCGGCUACUACCUGGACAUUGCCCUGUACAAGGAAAGGCUGGACCCCGAGACCGGCCUGAUGCAGUUUGAGGCGUGGGGGCCGCACCGGCAGGGUCCGCUACAUGGACUGCCCAUCUCCACGCCGUACCUCACCAAGGACUACCUGCAGCAGAAGCGGUUCCAGGCCCAGUCGAACGGCACGACAUAUGUCUACGACUUUCCCGACAUGUUCCGACAGGCCUUGAUCAGGCUGUGGGAGGAACACGUCGAGAUGCGGCCAGGAGAGGACAUUCCAGCAUCCUUGCUGAGCUGCAUCGAGCUGGUGAUGGACUCUCAGGGACGACUCGUUGAGCAGAAGCGACUACCCGGCGAAAACGAUGUUGGCAUGGUGGCCUGGCGCAUGACGCUCGUGACACCCGAGUACCCGGAGGGCCGUGACAUCAUCGUCAUCGCCAACGACAUCACAUUCCUUCUCGGCACUUUCGGACCUCAGGAGGACCUUCUCUUUUUCAAAGCAUCCGAGAGGGCUCGGGCGUUGGGCAUUCCACGACUCUACAUUUCGGCCAACAGUGGUGCCAGGAUUGGACUUGCAGAGGAGCUCAAGCACCUGUUCAACAUAGCAUGGGUUGACCCCGAUGUGCCUGACAAGGGCUACCGGUAUCUCUACCUAACACCGGAGAAUUUCAAGAAAGUCAGCGCCCUGAACUCGGUCAACGCGGAGCUCAUUGACGACGAAGGCGAGAAGCGGUACAAGAUAACCAACAUCAUUGGCAAGGUGGACGGGCUUGGCGUUGAAAACCUGAAGUACGCUGGGCUUAUCGCCGGCGAAACGUCACAGGCUUACGAAGAGAUCGUCACCAUCAGCUUGGUGACCUGCCGGGCCAUCGGUAUAGGCGCCUACCUAGUCCGUCUCGGACAGCGUGUCAUCCAGCUCGAGAACUCUCACAUUAUCCUCACCGGUGCUGGGGCCUUGAACAAGCUUCUAGGUCGUGAGGUGUACACGUCCAACAACCAGCUGGGAGGUGUGCAGAUCAUGUACCCCAACGGCGUCUCGCACGUCACCGUUCACGACGACCUGGAGGGCACCUACGUCAUGCUCAAGUGGCUGUCAUACAUGCCAAAGUGUAAAGGGGCCAAGCUCCCAAUCGUGGAGCCACUGGACCCCAUUGACAGGGACGUCGUGUACACCCCGGCCAAAGUUCCGUACGACCCCAGGUGGCUUCUGGCAGGACGUGAGAGUCCGAAUUUGCCUGGGUUCUGGGAAGAUGGCUUCUUUGACCGCGGCUCCUUCAUGGAGGUGAUGCAACAGUGGGCUCAGACGGUCGUCUGCGGCCGUGCUCGCCUCGGUGGCAUUCCAGUUGGUGUUGUCGCGGUCGAGACGAGGACGGUUGAGAUUGACAUCCCUGCCGACCCUGCCAACCUUGACUCGGAGGCCAAGGUCCUGUCUCAGGCGGGCCAGGUGUGGUUCCCAGACUCUGCAUACAAGACCGCGCAGGCCAUCAACGACUUCAACCGGGAAGAGCUGCCCCUGUUUGUCUUUGCCAACUGGCGCGGCUUCUCGGGAGGCAUGAAAGACAUGUACGACCAGGUGCUGAAGUUUGGUGCUUACAUCGUGGACGCUCUGCACACGUACCGCCAGCCUGUGAUAGUGUACAUCCCCCCGUUUGGCGAGCUCCGGGGUGGCGCUUGGGCUGUGGUGGACGCCGCCAUCAAUCCCCGCCAAAUGGAGAUGUACGCCGACCCCGACAGUCGGGGUGGCGUGCUUGAACCCGAGGGAACGGUUGAAAUCCGUUUUCGUAAGAAGGACCUCCUCAAGACCAUGCACCGUGUGGACGCCAGGUGUCGCGAGAUCCUGUCGCUGCUGGGCACGGCCGAGCCUGAAAAGAAGGCAGCACUCGAAGCAGAGCUGCGAAAGCGUGAGACACAGUUGCUGCCCAUGUACCACCAGGUGGCACUGUCAUUUGCCGACCUGCACGACAUGCCUGCCCGCAUGCAAGAGAAAGGAGUCAUCCAGGACGUAGUGCCUUGGAGCAAGUCGCGGAACCAGCUGUACUGGCGGCUGCGACGCCGCCUCUUGCAAGACUCUGUCAAGCGAGACAUCCAGCAGGUGCGGCCGCAGAUCGGCGACGGGGAGAUGGAGAGCAUGCUGCGCCGGUGGUUCGUCGAAUCAAUGGGUGCUGUCAAGCAAUAUCUGUGGGAGAAUGACUUGGCAGUCACCAACUGGCUCGAAGAUCAGCUUGACCCCAAGAUAGGGCGCUCGCUUAUCAUUGACAACAUCCAGUGCUUGAGGCGUGAUGCAGCCAUCUCCCAAAUCAAAAACACCCUUCAAGUCAACCCCGAGGUGAUAAUGGACUCGGCCGUGCACAUAAUCCAGCAGCUGACUCCCCAGCAGCGCUCGGACUUGCUAGCGACCAUCCGGACGCUUGAAAAUGAUCCGGCGCUGCCUACCGCUCCGAGCAGUGAGUCGCCAACUACGACGCCCUCGGAUGCGUCGUCUUGACAGAAUGCUUCAACGGCGCGGCCGCCCAAGUCCGAGCGGAGUCGUGGCAGUCGACGCCGGAAGCGGAGGAGUUGAAGCGCCUCCUCUGCGCCAUGCCAACAAGCUUCGGAAAGUCGUUUGCACCAGCGCACAUUGACAUUAGAGUUGGAACGAUGAUCGGCGCAAAGCUCUGUUUGCGCCAAACUUGUAAUUUUUUUCGUAGGGAAUCGAUCCGUCUUACGUGAACUGUUUGCGGAAACACGAAUUGAAAUGUGAAUUUGUUGGGAAGGUGGCUGCAUUGGAUGAUCGUGUAGAAUUUUUCGGGGCUGUCCGUAUGAGAAGUGCUCUCCCCGUAAAUGCCUGUUGAAGAUGGAUUCGUUUAAAUAUAACAUUGUUGAAUCUGUUAGCUUUUUUGUGCUGCUGUUGUUUUCCGUGUUUUAUGCUAAGACUUCCUGUUGUGACCAACUUGCCUUCAGCACUUUUUUUUACUUGAAAGCAUCUUCUUUCUUUUUCUUCGUCUUAUUCACUUUAGCUUAUUUCUCAGUAACAUUUUUACAGCAAUCACUGGCACCUGUGCUGCUAUGAAAGCUUUAUUGGUCUCAAAGCUGCAUCCAAAUUUAUGCCAGCUAGAACAUGCAUUCUUUUGUGUUCUGAAUUUUCAUUCCGCAUGGUGAGUGUGGUGAACUAUGCCUGUGAUUACGAUGUCCCACACAAGUGUGACAGUUGCAACGGGCAAAUGUUUGUGUUAUUGCCAAAAGCCAUUGAUACCGUUGCAAUUUACGAUCGUCCAUUUCCAGCCACCCGUAAGGCCUACAGUCUGCUGCCGAGCCGUUUUUGUGCAAUCUGUUGCGCUGAAUUACGUUCUUGCACAAUGUCUGCAAAAAGAUGAGGCCGUGUUGGUAUACAAGUUCUUCACUGCUGCCACCGUGAAGCGACUUGCUAUGUGUACUGUGCGAUACACGUUUUUUUUUCCCCCGCAUUUCAUUUUUAAAGACCAUCAAGCUAACAUUUCGGGAUGGCUUCCUCCAAUGUGAGCUGUGGUCAGUUACAAACUACCACUCAAGUCAUGCAAAUCUCUGAAAGUACAGAGAGGGUUUUAUUACCAUGACCAAUUUUAUGGCUUGCCUUCCAUUUGCAUUUUUGUUAAAUCUUUGCAAGUACGGAACAUGUUUUUCUGACCGUCACUUGCUUUAGCAUUGCAGUUAUCUUUCCAGAGACGGCACUUGUUGCUUGUUGCGAACGCUCACUUUGCACAAUAAGUGGGCAUUUUAUUCAUGUUUAAGUUAAACCGGGUGCACCGCUGUGCCACGUUUUUAGUAAAUGCGACGCCAUUCAUCUACAAGUCCUUUUCCGCGUCGAGAAAUGGAACUGCAGCCAUGCGUUUUGGGUGCCAUAAUGUCGUCAUCCAUACUUGUGCCGCCGUCAGAUCCGUGCGGUUGGCGACAAAUUUCUGGGCCUCACUUUCAAGCGCGUCAUUUCGGCCUUGCACGUUACGAAGAAAUUCUUCAUUGCCGAACGUUCAUCGAGCUCUCAAGAUGGUGCAUUAGUUCCAUUGUCUUCGCAGCCAUGAUGACCGUUGCCUGGCAAGAAUGUGGAUGACAAUCUUCUUUUAAAGCUAAAUUUAUGUCCGCGUCUCUCUAAUUUAAGGAUCUUUGGUGUCUAGCAAUAGCCGACAGUAUUUGACACAUUGUUCAUUUCGUUUACCGGGCAAUCCACAUAGUCCUGCAGAUAGUUUUGAGCACGCUUUCAGACAUUUUGUAGACUUUGUAAAUAUGUACCUUAACUUGAAGGCUGCAGCAUUUUUUUUUUUAUCUGCUUAGGUGUAAAUAGUAAUUGCCUGGAUUUCGGGGAACUUGCUGUUCUUUAAAAAUGCGUCAUUGAGACAGAUAUUAACACUGAGACCAAUACUCGUGAAAUGUGCUGACCGGCAUUCACGGUCAUAAUUUUCAUGCUAGAAAUUGUGGAUCGCCUGAACUUAUUUUCGAUGCCUCUCGCUUGCCUGACCACGUUGACGUGUCGAAUUUAUUAUUAUUUUUUUUUUCAGGAAGUGCGGUAGUGUUUUGCGUCAGAGAAGAACCAUAUUUAUUUUUGUAAUAACACCAGAUGAAGAAUGGAGAAAAGGGGUGGUACAUUUUCAACUUCGAGCAACCACCGCCUCCUCUUUUUUUUUUCGUGAGAUGUAAAUAUGUCACCAACGUGCAAAACACUGCAUUUCUCGUACAGUGGAAAUAAAACAAUGCAUUCUCA